AUGGCGUCGGUCGACUACGCGGAUGUUGAGAUUCAGCCGGACAUCCAGGAGAUCGAGAUCGAGACGAUCCCGGUGGAAAUUCCGUGCGAGACGGUCGAGACGACGAUCGAGUGCGUCGACGGGCCGCAGAUGAUCGCGCUCCAGGGCCUCCAGGGCGAACGGGAGGAGAUCAUCCUCCACUCCCAGGAGGAGAUCGUCGGCGCCGUCGACCCCCUGGCCGUCUACGACCAGCACAUCGUACCGGUCCAAGAGGCCGAGCUUUACGUCGACUCCAGCCCCGGACCUUCAAAACGUGGCGUUAAAAAGCCGAAAAAAGCCCAGCGGUUCCGCGCCUCGGACCAGUUCGCCGAAAUCACAGAGACCAAGACGAGAAAGUGGGAACAAAAACAGGUGCAGAUAAGGACUUUAGAAGGUGAAUUUUCCGUUACCAUGUGGGCUUCCGGCACAGACGACGACGAAGCCAGCAAUCCAGACCCAGAUCCUGAUUAUGAGGAUUAUAUGACAGAUAGAAAAAUAACAAGUGGACUUGAAUCGAUUCCAGGCCUCGAUCUUUCAGACCCCAAGCAGCUCGCCGAGUUUGCCAGGCCCGGCCAUAAACUCAAAAUGAAAAAAGCCAACGACGGGAUAGACAGGACGAUCGCGUGUCCACACAAAGGCUGUACGAAAAUGUUUAGGGACAAUUCCGCGAUGAGGAAACACCUACACACACACGGGCCCAGGGUUCAUGUAUGCGCCGAAUGCGGGAAAGCGUUCGUAGAAUCGUCCAAACUAAAACGCCACCAGCUAGUUCACACGGGGGAGAAACCUUUUCAAUGUACUUUUGAAGGCUGUGGGAAGAGGUUCUCCUUGGAUUUCAACCUGAGGACGCACGUUCGUAUACACACAGGUGACCGCCCAUACGUCUGUCCUUUUGACGGAUGCAACAAAAAGUUCGCCCAGUCCACCAACCUUAAAUCUCACAUUCUUACCCAUGCGAAGGCUAAGCCAAGAACACCGAUGAGGAAUAACACCACUAUGCAGAGCAUGAUGUCUGCCGAAGAUCCUCAGCACCAUUAUGUUAAAGUAGAAAUGGCCGAUGACCAACAACAGUUUAUCGUUUACGCAGAUUAGUGUUGAGAUCGGAAUUUUGCACACAUCAACCAAUGUACCUGCGCCAGGACUGCGCCAUCCUGAAGGAGCCCUUCGUCGUCAAGCGGCCUCAAAUCUAUUCAUAAGAGGAAUAUAAAAAAGAAGCAAACCUUACAUUUCUCCUUUAGACUUUUAAGGCAAAUGAAGAACGGGAAUGAUCUUCUUUUUUUAUUUGUCAACCAAAAUAAGAAUUAUAUUGUGUAAAAAAAAAGUUUUAAGAAAGGAUCCCUUCUAUGUAAAUAUUUUGACAAGAAUAAUAAAGAAACGGGGAU